CAUGUGCACGGCGAGAGACCAAAUCGGCACUAGGAUAAAAGAUAUUUUAAUUUUUUAUUCGAAUUUCGGCUUGGAUUUGAGAUCUACGUGCAAUUCCUGUGAUAAAUAGAUUAACAAUGGCUCCAGUAAGAGUUGACUCGUUGUCUGACACCGACUACGAUGGAGAGGAUUUCGACUGGAACCAAAACAUUGCCCGAGCCGGCUUUGCUGACAUGCUUUUCGAUACAUCCAGAAACGAGCUGUACAAAGAAGGGCUGAAGGCCGCAAUCCGUCUGAAGCACGAACAGGGAGAGAAAGCCAAUGUUUUGGACAUUGGGACAGGGACAGGACUGCUCUCCAUGAUGGCCGUAGAGUGUGGUGCAGACUCGGUUGUUGCCUGCGAGGCUUUCAGUCCGAUGGCCGAGUGCGCCACCAAGAUAAUAAAACUGAAUAAAAUGGGACACAAAAUCAAAGUGGUCAACAAACACUCGACAAAGAUGGAAAUUGGCGUUGACCUGGAGCAGCGGGCAAACAUUUUGGUAACUGAGGUUUUUGAUACUGACCUGAUUGGCGAAGGGGCCAUAGAAACAUUCCGCCACGCCAAUUCCCAUUUGCUUGAGCCUGGGAGCUUUGUCAUUCCAAGCACGGCGACGAUCUACAUUCAAUUAGUUUCUGGCCAAAUUUUUCAACACUGGAUGAGACUGCAGCCAGAGCCAAGGGUUCAAGUGACGGUGCCUAAAGAUAUGGAGGAAUGCUCCUUCAGCAACUCGCACGACAUGCAAAUCUCCAUGUUGGAGCCAAAUAAAGAUUUUGUCGCCCUGUCUGAGCCCGUGCCCGUCUUGGACUUUGACCUGACCAGCGGAACCCUGGCCAUGAAAAGGUCUGAAGCAGUAGCGAUCGAGGCCAUCGCGGACGGAUCCUGUCCAGGCGUAUUUUUCUGGUGGGACCUGAAAAUGGACCCUGAGAAGAAAGUGACUCUGAGCUGUGCGCCGCAUUGGGCUGGAAAUCCAGAGUGGAGGGACCACUGGAUGCAGUCUUUUUUCUAUUUUCCCAAAGAGAUUGAUGUUGUCAAGGGGCAGAAGGUCCAAGUCACCUGCUGCCACGACGAAUUCAACUUUUGGUUCUUCACUGAGAACUCAGUGAAAAGUUCAAACGGCGCGCCACCCUGCACAUGCGAUCUGCAUCGGCAGCUAUCGUUGACCCGCCUGGGCCAGAUCAAUGACCUCUCUCGCAGGGACGCCUUCCUCAACGCCCUGAACGCGAUGAAACUCAAAUUUAAUCAGACAGACACGGUGGUCUACCUGGGCGGCGCCUCCCUGCUGCCCAUCAUGGCUGCCAGGGUUCUGGGCAGCAAGGUCUGUGCCGAGGGUGAUGGCGGCUGGUCGCGCAGGCUCACCAGCGACAAGGAGGUCGAGUGGAACACGAAAAUUGAGAAGGCGCAACUGGUCUUGGCGGAACCGUACUUUGAAGAGGCGCUUCUGCCGUGGCACAACCUGCGUUUCUGGAAGAAACUCCGCUCGCUUGGCAGCCAGAGUGUUCUGCCGCUGGGGGCCUCGAUUUGGGCAAUGCCUGUCCAGUUCACGCACCUCUGGAAAAUUCGGGCGCCCCUCGGAACCUGCAUGGGCUUCAAAAUGGACCACUUUGAUGAACUUAUAAUGAAAUCAAUAGUGGAGUGUGACGAGCCUGUGGAGCCUCAACCUCUGUGGGAGUAUGAAACUAUCUGCCUCGGCAAGCCGAUAAAUAUUCUGAAUCUGGAUUUUGCCGACAAAUCUGAAUCUCUCGACAACAGCGACUCUGGCGCCUUUUUAACAAAUGGAACCUGCCACGGAUUUGCGCUCUGGAUGGAAUGGAACCUGACCAAAAACAUCACCACAUCGACUGGAGGCCCGUUGGAGCCACCGAAGCCAAACGAAAAGGUGCAAUGGGACAAAUUCACGCGGCAAGGCGUCUACUUCUGCGACGGCGAGUUCAAAGUAAGCCCGGACGAUUUUUACCGAUUCAACGUCUCCCACGAGGUGGACGCGUGCAAAACGGAAUUCUCAUUCAGCAUCUUCAUGUCCCUCGAUCCGAAAGAACAAUUAGUUUAAUUUAUUGUUUCAUAAAGCUAUAUAUUAUAUUUUUAUUCAUAAAUAAAACACACAAGUCUGAAGUGAAAAUGUACAAAAGCUUG